UCAUCAUAAUUGUUACCCCUCCCGACUGCAAUAAUUUUAAUUUUUUUUUCUUGUUGGACCCUGGCUGCAAGAAUUCAUACCUCUACCUCUCCUCUUCAACUCAAGCCUGUCCCCUCCCGCUUCUGUCCCUGGAAACCAGUGUUUCACAGGGGUAUAAACCAGCGAAUCCCCAAAAGAACUCCAGCCUUCUCUUCCUCUCCUUCGCCUUGUAUCUCUCUCUCUCUCUCUCUCUCUCUCUCUCUCUCUCUCUAAUUCAAAUGUCAAUGGAGCAAUCGCCGAUCUUUCGGCCCGAGCCGUCUCCCAAGCCGACCAAGAGGUCCCUGAUGAGCUCUCUAAUGGAGGCCGGCGCCACCACUCUGCAGCGCCCCUCUUCCUUCAAAGAGGACUCCUAUUUGGCUUCCAAUCUCAAGCCCGGAGAGCAAAGAGCCCUCCAAGAGCUCAAGAAUCUCCUCUCUUCGUCUUCCUCGUCGAAACCUCUCACAAUGUGGGGGGUUCCGCUUCUCGGGCCGGCUGCAGACGAGAGGGCCGACGUGGUUCUGCUGAAAUUUCUCCGGGCGAGGGAUUUCAACGUGGCCCAGGCGCACGCGAUGCUGGUCCGGUGCGUGGAGUGGAGGGAGGAGUUCGGGGCGGACGGCGUCGUCGACGAGGAGCUGGGAUUCAAGGAGCUGGAAGGGGUGGUGGCCUACCUGCACGGCCGGGACCGGGCCGGCCACCCGGUCUGCUACAACGCCUACGGCGUCUUCAAAGACCGCGAGAUGUACGACCGGGUGUUCGGCGACGGGGAGAAGCUGAAAAGAUUCCUCCGCUGGAGAGUCCAGGUGAUGGAGCGCGGAGUCCGGCUGCUCCAGCUCCGGCCGGGCGGGAUCAACUCCAUCAUCCAGGUUACGGAUCUUAAAGACAUGCCCAAGAGGGAGCUCCGGGUGGCCUCCAACCAGAUCCUCUCCUUGUUCCAGGAUAACUACCCCGAGAUGGUCGCCAGAAAGGUGUUUAUAAAUGUGCCGUGGUAUUUUACUAUGCUGUAUGCGAUGGUCAGUCCCUUUCUGACGGAGAGGACCAAGAGCAAGUUCGUCAUCGCCAAAGAAGGGAAUGUGGCCGAGACCCUUUACAAGUUUAUAAGGCCGGAGUUCGUGCCGGUCCGGUAUGGAGGGCUGAGCCGGCCCGGGGAUCUGCAGGACGGUCCCCCCAAACCGGCAUCCGAGUUCACCAUCAAGGGUGGAGAGAAAGUAAACCUCGAAAUCGAUGGCAUUGAGGCUGGAGCCACCAUAACUUGGGACAUUGCGGUGGGGGGAUGGGACUUGGACUACGGCGCCGAGUACGUGCCGAGAGAGGAGGGGAGCUACACGAUUCAAGUGGAGAAGACGACGAGGAUUCCGGCGAGUGCUGAGGAGCCGAUCCACAACGUCUUCACGUCGAAGGAGGCCGGGAAGUUGGUGCUGUCCGUAGACAAUACCAGCUCCCGGAGAAGGAAGGUGGCGGCCUACCGAUACUUCGUCCGCAAACACGCUGUUUAGUUACAGAGUUGGGAACUUGGGACUGAUUUAGCUUCUUGUUUUACUUGAUAACUAGGAUAGCUGUUUUCAUCUUUUGAUGUUGAUAUAUGGAGAUGCACCUUUUUUUCCCCCUCUGUUAAACAUAGCGAAUAAGUUGAAUAUUUUAUGUAUUACCCAGAAAAAAUGGUACUUUGUUGUGAA